AUGCAAAAGCGGCGUAAGAACAAUGGCAAAAAAAACACUGUGAAUGAGGAGUUUGAUAAAAACGUGGAUGAAGUUUAUUGUGUCUGUCGUUCUUCUGACGUUGAACGAUUCAUGAUAGCAUGUGACCAAUGCGAGGAAUGGUAUCACGGAGAUUGCAUUAAUGUCACUCCUAAGCAAGCAGAGCAAAUAAAAACUUUUUACUGUCCUCAAUGUCGAUGUAGGAAUCCAUCUUUAGAGAUCGAAUAUAAAAACACAAGAAGUCAGAGACCAAGACAAAAUCGUCCGAGUUUAAGUCCUAAUAACGAUGUCAGUACCUAUACAGACCAAUUUUCAUCAGGUAAACAGUCCAAGGGAAAACGGAGACCUCCAGAUGCCCCAGUCAGUAACUCAGAAACUGGUACUCGCUCUAAUACAAUCGACCACACAUUACAUUUGCCGCCUCGAAAUGUACGCAAAUUCAAUUCUCCUGGUCCUGACACGUCUCCUAGAUCACCUAAUGCCUCAGAUUCAAGUACUUCAGCUGUGUAUAAUCGCGUAUACUGGGGACGAGAACAGUCUGGACUUGGAGAAGACCAAAAGUUGUCUAGCACAUUUGUCCCUAAAAAGCGGUCUGGAUCCCCUCGUUUACGCCCUUGCGGUAAUUGCACGGGCUGCAGCAUACAGGAAGAUUGCGGAAAAUGUGAAUAUUGUAGAGACAGAAGAAAAUUCGGUGGCCCCAACAAAAUGCGUCAAAAAUGUAGGUUAAGACAAUGUGCUGGAAUGAAUGCUUCUCGCAGCAGGAAUCCUUCUAAUUCUUCUCAAGGUGUUGGUUCUCGUCGCCGUAAACAGCCACCGAUACAGUCUGCACCUAUGGAUACACCGCCACCUCAUAUGCAAUCGUAUGCGGAUUUUGAUGACGAACAAUUCGAAGUGCCGCUAGAUUUUUCCCCACGACCAUAUUCUGAUAAUAUUACACAGUCGUUUUUGUCUCAUCACUCUGCAAGUUCAGCUCCAUUGGGCAGCAAAAUGCGUAGAGGUGACCACCGUAUUCCAGCCACUAAUGAAAUUGACGGAAUUACUCAUCGGCUUUUUGGACGAUUCAGUCACGAUGGUCUCCAACCACAUUCUCGCAGUAAAGGAUCUAUACCAAAUAUUUACCCCAUUAACACUGAUGAACCUAUGGAUUUUGUGGACAACGAUUCGGAUGAUGACAUUGUGCUUCCAGAAAUGGCACAUUGUGCAGGUCCUGCUUGCAUGCUGGCGGCUAUUCCUGGUGAGAAAUACUGUUCAGAAUCCUGCAAGCUAAAACAUACCAAUUCUCGCUGCUCCGUUCGUUCAGCUGUUCCUAAUCUCCGUCCUUCAAUAACUGCUAUUUCACCCCGUGAAGCUAAUCCUAUCCCAUACUCUUUACCAUAUCCAGAUCACAUGUAUUGUCGUCAUCAUCGUGUUCAGAAUUGGAACAAUACUGCAUCUCCAUCCUACAGAACUACAAAUCAACCUUUCGAUCAAUUCUCUAUUGAUCAAGCUUACAUUACUACUGAUGGCUUACUUCAGUCACGUGGACAUCCAACAUUUGGAUGUUCUCCGGGACCAGUCCAUAGAAUUACACCACAGCGACAUUCAAAUCCUCAUCCUGUUUUGAUCAAUACUAGUAGUCGAUUAAAUAGCGUGGACACUCAAGGUAAUACAAUGAUUUGUGACGUUGCUGAUACCGCUGCAUUUAUGGACUCUGUGGCUUCAGCAGUACGUAGAAGCAAUAAUCAUGGGACAAUAAAUGCAUUUGCUGAAGAGCUUGGUAUAGAUUUACCAUCAGCUCAUCCUUCAACCGGAACUCGUUUAUCGUCUUCACCUAGUUUAUCUGGAAUUUAUUCUUGUUAUACUGGAUCGAAUCGUAGCGAUAAUAUUCGACCCGUUGAUUUACAUGCUGUAGAUGAUGAUACUGAACUACCACCAGGAGUAGAUGAUGAUGAAACUGAUGUCAAUCAAAUAGUUUCCGAAGUGGGCGGACAUCCUGUUUACGGCUACUAUAUGAUUAGUUACGGCAAUGAAACCAAUGGUCAUAAUUCACGUAUUUCCUUGACUAAUAAUUCUAACCCUACACUAAAUGAACAUCGUUUAAGUACAGGCUCUUUACGUACCAGAACAAAUAUCCGCCACCUUAAUCAUAGGAUGAUAAAUCAAAGUAAUGGUGAGUCAGCAAAUGGUAUCCCUGGAUCCUACAGUUCUAGUCGAACGUUGCCAGCCGGGAAUGUAAAUUUUCGGCAUACAAGCCUAAAUGUUAUCCCAGGAACAGUCAGUCAGGAUAAUUGUUUAAGUCCAUCCGGAUCUACCUGUGUGAGUGACAUAGGUGUUUCUAAUAUAGGAUCAUCAGUAUCCAGUUCCAAUGUAGCGCCUCAUUCUGUUCCUGGCUAUAUACCCGGUCCCGAUGAAUUCUAUACAAUCAAUGAUUCAGAUGACCUAGAAAUCAAUUGGCCGCAAGAAACAGUCGCCGGAGUAAAUGGUUAACUUUUAAUUGUAUUAUAUCCUUCGAUAUGUUCAUUACUUAAUAUGGAAUUAUUGCUUGAUUAGUGAGCGACCUCAGCUAGGAACUGUUUUGCGCAUGUAUUUUUCCUCUUGCGUAUUUUUUUAAAAUAAAAGACCUAUUCUGUAACAUAAAUAUGUGUAGCAUUACAGAAACCUAAGACUUUUAACCUCUGUUUACCCCCCACUUAUUUUACUCCAUCAUUACGUUGCAGUAUACUGAGUUGUCA